AUGCUGGGAAAAAAUGGAGGAGUUGUGCAGAAGCUAAAAGGACAGAGAAAGCAUGUUGUUGCAAUUCACUGCAUGAGUCACCGCUUGGAGUUCAGUGUCAGGGACACAGCAGCCAAUAAUGAGAGUCAUCAGAAGUUAAAGGAUCUACUUCUAGGGUUAUAUUUAUUUUAUCACAAGUCAGCACUCAACCGUGCAAAUCUUAAGAACAGCUAUGCUUCUUUGAAAAUGAGGCCACUAUUGCCUACACGAGCAGAUGAGACACGAUGGGUAGGCCACUUCUGGCGUGCACUUGACCAUUUCCUCAAAGGUUACAAAGUAAUUAUACAACAUCUUGAUCAGGCCCAAUCUCCUGAUGCAAAAGGUGUGAGAGGAGAACAGCAAGCAAAGGCUAGAUGCUUUUACAGAGCUGCUACAAGUCUGUCAAUGGUCCAGUAUGCUUGUUUCAUGUAUGAUGUGCUUUUACAGCUAUGCAACUUGUCCAACACUCUUCAGAACCGAAAUGCAAGUGUUGCAGAUGUCCACAACAGUUUGGAAGUGACAAAAAAAAUACUGAUCGCUCUGAAAGAGAGGCCUGUACCUGGGUCACUUCUUCAUUCUAUUCAGUAUGAUGAAGAAGGCACAGCAAGGUUUGAAGGAGUUGAGUUGAAAGGAAAGAAUGAUGCCUUCAAGAGUUCAAAAAAGAAGUUUCUGGAAGCAAUACAGUCCAGCUUUGAAGAUCGCUUUGAAGACAUUGAAGAAGGAGUUCUUCAGGCAACAUCGGUGACAUCCUUCAAAACAUGGCCUGACAAAGAAAACUCAGAAGACUUUGGCAAUGAAGACAUUGUAACUCUGACCAGUCAGUUUCAACCAGUACUAGAGGCACAGGGUGUUAGUUGUAGGGAAAUAGUGAAUGAAUGGACAGUUCUUAAGACUAGUUUGUAUAACAAGAAUGACUGGGAGAAGAAGCUGAAAACGGUCACCUGGCCUGAACUCAACAGAGAAUUCGGAGAUAAAUGUGGCCAUCUUCUGAGUUUGAUGGACUUGAUCCUAACCUUGCCAGUCAGCACAUCAGAAUGUGAAAGAGGCUUUUCCAAAAUGAAGAUGAUCAAAAGUGACUGGCGCUCCUCCCUCAUAACUUCAACAUUGUCAGAUUUAAUGAUUGUAAACCUUCAUUCUGCACCAGUAGAUCAAUUUGAUCCAAGUGAUGCAGUAAGGCAUUGGGCAACAGCAGGACCAAGAAAGAGAAAUGUCACAUACAAAAGGUCUACAAAUGAAACAUCAAAUUUAGUAAUUGCUGAGGUUGCAGAGGUUCCAAUCCCUUUUGAUCAUCUUGAAAAUGAUGAGGAGCAAGCAGAAGAGUUUGAGGUGUCAAGACUUAAUGAGGUUUAUGAUUGUGAGUUGAACUUCCCAGAGCACUCUGACUCAGAUUGACAUCUGUUAACAGUUUCAACAAUGUUUCAUGUGCAGCAUAGAUCAGUUACUUUCUGUAUUGACUUCAAUACAAUGGCUGAGGCUCAGUUACUAAUUUUAUUUUCAAAUUUGCUUAAAAUAUAUCAAUACUAGUUCACUAAAAGUCUAAUUUCGCACUAUUCCAUAGUUCAAUGACUGUAUAAUUGGACCAAUGUCAGGAAUGUAUACAAAAAUAAAGAAUACAGGUUUGUGAGAUUAUAA